UUUCUAUGAGGGAGGUAAACACUAUAGCAGGUAAACACGUCAUGGAUGAUAACUUCGCCUAGUUUACCCCGUGGAUUAGCCCCUGUGUGCCCCGUGAGAACCUGCUGGAGGACAGUGUUGAGGGUGGGAGGUGUGUGAUGAGUAGCGCCACGUGACACAAGGCAGUAGGUCUAGAAGUGAAGAGAGAAGAUAGACAUUCCUUGGGCUUCAGUGUGGCCGGAAACAUGAAGAUCAACGAGAAGAAUUUGUGUGCUUACAGUGUAUCCCCGACACUCAUUGACAAGGAGGGGUACCUGCUCAAGAAGGGAGAGGUGAACAAGAACUUCCAGAGGAGAUGGUUUGUGCUGAAGGGGAACCUGCUCUUUUACUUUGAGAAGAAGGGUGACCGGGAACCCAUUGGUGUCAUAAUCCUGGAGGGCUGCACCAUCGAACUGGCAGAGUGUGAGGACCAGUUCACAUUCAAGCUGGUGUUCCAUGGGGGCGGCGGGCGAGUGUAUGUGCUGGCGGCAGACUCGCAGGAAUCCCUGGAGGUGUGGAUGAAGGCCCUGGCUCGUGCCUCCUAUGACUACUUGAAGCUGAUGGUUGCCGAGCUGCAGAAACAGUUGGAUGAGCUGAACGAUACAGAGAGUCAAGGUAAGGGAGGAGGAGGCGAGGAGGGCCAACCCCCAAAGGCUCCCCACAGACAGCGGCAGAAUCCCUUCAAUAGGACACAGAGCUCCAACGAGGUCACCCUGGACCCCACCCUGGCCAUGCGCAUGAGGGCCAACACAGUGUCUGGCGGGGGGGUGAGCCAGUACCUCAGCUCAGCGAUCGGAGCGAUGCCUCACCGGACUGCACCACCACCCCCUUCUGUGGCCCACAUCCUGGUGAACCGACGCACCUUCGCACAGAUCCACUCUGAGUACGGUGUGCCCAUCCUCAGGGACAAGGAGCUGUACCUGCAACGCAAGGCCCAGCAGGAGGGAGCAGGGAACGCCUACAAGUCUCAGGGGCAGGAGAAGGCAACCUCUCCGGUGCUAGUGAUGAAUCUGGUGGAUAUCUGACCUGGAGAUUGAGCUACUCUUUCUUCAUAUCUGCUUCACUUAACUUAACUCUUUCAUUGGCAUUUACCACUUCUUUUCUUUAUCUGCCAUUCUCAUUUCUUUUUACUUCUGUAGCCACCUCCAAAGAUUAUAUGCACUGAAAACUUCAAAAGUUGAAUUUCUCAUUCUUUACAUUUUCUUUACUUUGCAUAAUCCCUUCACUUCUUUUUGUCACAUCUUGCUUUAAUCCUACAUAAUUCUAAGACAUUUCUUGUUCUAUGGCAUUCUCUAAACAUUAUACCUGUUGGAAACUGCCAAAUCUGUUCUUUUCUUCUCCCUUUUUUCUUGGAGACACAUUUGCACAUUGCUUUUUGUGCUGUGAAGUGUUGCAUUUUGCAGUGAAAGAGUUAAAAAUAUGAAUUUCUGGGAUAUUUAUUUAGUGGGUCACUCAUGCAUGUUUGUGAGUGUGUAUGUAGCAUUUCAGGCAGUAUUUAAUUUCAUUCUAUUGACCUUUGUGUCUCUAUGAGUAUGUGACAUUAAUUCAUAAAACUCAUGAAUAAGUGUGUGUGUAUGUGUGUGUAGCAUUUGAAGUAGCAUUUGAAUUCUUUUGGCCAAUCUGUCUUUUUACAAAUAUCAGGCUUGUGGAUCUGUGAGUUUUGGCCUGAGAUUAAUUUAUAUAUACAGCCAAGCCAUGUGUGUGGGUGGAGAGUGUUGGCUGAUGAGUGGAGUGGUUGGCUGCUGUGCUGGAGACCUUGAGUGUAUUGUGGCUGUUGUGUGACUGACUGGCAGCGUUCAGUUCAGAUCGUAUGCAGCCUCAGAUAUUUACUAAUUAUUCCUUAUUUAUUUAUUUUUUUUUUAGGUGGGUUCUUAGAUCUGAAUUGAUAGAAAGGCCCAUUGCUAUUUUAUCAUUAUUUGGUCAUAAUGUAUCUGAGAUUUAUUCAUAUGUUAGUCUGCAUGCCUGUAUGUGUAUGCGUGUAUGAAUGUCACAGGAGAAUGAGAGGCUGUGAAUUAUGCAUUUAAAAAGAUACACUGUUGUAGUAGUGAGGUUAUCCAGUCACUGUGGUCAUGCCUGCAAGUUUAUUAUCUAAUGUCUCCAUGCACAUUUUUUGAGAUGUUUACUACUAUGCACAGAAAGGUUACUACAAAUAAUGCUACUUUUGCUAAAUAAUUGUGUCACUAGGUUUGUCUUUAAUUGUAUAUUUAAUUGUUGAAUGAUAGGUGGUAGUCAUGUGUGAGAGAGAGAGAGAGAGAGAGAGAGAGAGAAUAUUGAUAUUGAAAGAGAAGAUUUUAAAAACAAUUUUACUUUUUUCCUAUUUCCAGUGUUACUUUUUGUAGGGAGAAAUUGGCAUCCAGUGUUUUCCAUAUUUUUUUCCUGUUUUAUUUUUUUCCCCCCUAAUUGUGUGUCUCUUCCAGGCCAUCAUCAUAAUUGCCUCUUUACUUGUAGUCAAAAUUCUGUAGUUCUUGCCUUCCUACUCCUAAAGGCCCUAUCACACUGGCCUAUGAUACGGGGAACCAGGAACAUCCGCUCUAGAUAGCUGGAACU